CGCAGACGAGAACGGAACUACGUCAUCGUUUGGGACGACUGUAGCGACACGCAGUAACUUCCUUUGAUGCCAAAGACGCUUUUUACAGUAGUAAAAUAUUAAUUUAACUUGAUUUUUCGAAAGGUAAUCGUAAACCGAGUUAAGUCUGAAUAAUAUUUAAGCAUGAAAAUGGGCGAAGAAUCACCUAUUACGGCACUCGUGCUACCGAUAUUAGUUCGUCCGAUACUGGACAAGUUAGAAAGAAAAGAUGUCACUGCUGCACAACAGCUAAAAUUGGCUAUUUCCAAAGUUGAAGCAGCACAUACAGGAUUUGUAUAUGAUCUUGUCAUGGGAUUAGUAAGAAGAGCAGAGUUAUCAGUAAAUAUGGCAGAAAGUUUAUUAAAGUUACAAGGAUCAAUUCCAGACACAAAUGAAUACAAAUGUAGUCGUCCCGAAGAUAGUUUUCAGGAAUUGAACAGGAAGUCUUCGUCCUUAAAGAAAAUUUUGAGUCGUAUUCCAGAUGAAAUUAAUGAUCGUAAAACAUUUUUGGAAACAAUCAAAGAAAUAGCAAGUGCAAUUAAAAAACUUUUGGAUGCUGUAAAUGAAGUUUCUGGAUAUAUUCCCUCUCCUACUGGAAAACAGGCAUUAGAGCAACGAAAAAGAGAAUUUGUGAAGUAUUCUAAGCGUUUCAGUAAUACAUUAAAAGAUUUCUUUAGAGAGGGACAAGCUCAAAGUGUAUUUGUAAGUGCCAUUUAUUUGAUUCAUCAAACUAAUCUUAUAAUGCUAACAGUGAAGAGUAAAUGUGAUUAAGGAUUAAAGAUUUCCUUCCAAAGUUCAUUAACAGCAUGCAUCAGAAUCCACUGAACAAAAAUUCAUACAAAGAUGAAAGUUACUGUGAUAUAGCAUUAAAAAAAAGAAAAAGAACCCUUUGAUUCAUGCAGUAUGUAAAUGAUGUAUAUAGAAUUACCAUAAUCCCUUUUUAUUUUAUCUGUAAACUAAGAGGGACAAUUCAAUUUUGAUCAUUUAUUUUUAACAUUCCAAAUAUUUUGUUUUAUAAAAUCUUAUUAAGGAAUAUAUAAAAUUCUAUGUGUAGAUAGAUGAAAUAUAAGGAAUUUUAUUCUUUGUAGAUUAAUUAUUAACAUUUGGUUAUGUACAGAGAAUACUGAAUGUUUUGAAAGGUGAAUGAAUGAAAACAUAUGUGAUAAAUAUAAAUCCUAAUACUUAUGUAUGAAUAUUGAAACCUUGAAUAUAAUUCAAUGGCCUAUAUAAACAAAAAUAAAUAUUUAAAAUUUUUUA